AUGCCAGCAGCACUCACGGAGUUGAGGUAUAAGACCAGGCAGGAGUCACUGGGCUCUCCUAACAGAUCAAGCCAGAGGAAGCCACACAACCACAACCAAAACCACAGGCAAACAGGAACAGGCAAUAUUCAAGCCGACAAGUUGAUCAGGAUUGUGAUGGUGGGGAAGACUGGAGCUGGGAAGAGCGCCACAGGAAACACCAUUCUGGGAAAACAGAGCUUUAAAUCUGAGUUUGCCUUUAAAUCUGUGACUACACACUGUAAAAAGGCCUUUGGUGAGGUGGAUGGACAAUGGGUUGCUGUUAUCGACACUCCAGGUCUGUUUGACACCAACAACACUGAAGAGAAAAUAAUUAGAGACAUUUCCCAGAGCAUUUCUUAUGUUUCUCCUGGACCUCAUAUCUUCCUGAUCAUCAUUAAACUGGGCAGAUUCACAGAGGAAGAAAAGCAAACAGUGCAGAAGAUUCAGGAAAUCUUUGGUGAGGAAGCCAACAAAUACAGCAUGGUUCUCUUUACCCAUGGUGACCAGCUCAGAGGGAAACCUAUCAAGGAGUUCUUGAAGCACAACGAAGAUCUGAAUAAACUUUUGGCCAAAUAUAAUGGCCAGUAUCACGUGUUCAAUAAUGAGAUGAAGGAUCGUUCUCAGGUCAGCGAGCUGCUCGAGAAUAUCAGAAAUAUAAAUGAACAAAAUGGAGGAAGCUACUACACCACUGAAAUGCUCCCAAAUGUAGAGAGAGUGAUUGAAGCACAGAAACGAAUCCUGAUAGAGAGAGAAGAGCAAAACCCCAAAGAGCUGAAAGAACUGAGGAAGAAAAUAGAGUAUGAGUAUGAGCGACAGAUGAAACAAGUUUCUCCUUUUCUUUCAACUUCCAGGUCUACACCUCCCACAGUCUUCAACAAUGAUGAGGUGAUCAGGAUUGUGAUGGUGGGGAAGAGAGGAGUUGGGAAGAGCGCCACAGGAAACACCAUUCUGGGAGAAAAGUGCUUUAAAUCUGAGUUCUGCCCUGAAUCUUUGACUACAGACUGUGAAAAGGCUGUUGGCGAGGUGGAUGGACAAAAGGUUGCUGUUAUCGACACUCCAGGCCUGUUUGACACCAGGAACACUGAAGAGAAAACAGUUAAAGAUAUUGUCCAGAGCAUUGCUUAUGCUUCUCCUGGACCUCAUAUCUUCCUGAUCGUCAUCAGACUGGGCAGAUUCACAGAGGAAGAAAAACAAGCAGUGCAGAAGAUUCAGGAAAUCUUUGGCGAGGAAGCCGACAAAUACAGCAUGGUUCUCUUUACCCAUGGUGACCAGCUCAAAAGGGAACCUAUCGAGGAGUUCUUGAAGGAAAGUGAAGAUCUGAAGAAACUUGUGGACAAAUGUAACGGCCAGUACCACGUGAUCAAUAAUGAGUUGAAGGAUCGUUCUCAGGUCAGCAAGCUGCUUCAGAAGAUGAAAUUCAUAAAUGAACAGAAUGGAAGAAGCUACUACACCACUGAAAUGUUCCUAAAGGCAGAGAGAGAGACGUCCAGAUCUACACCUUCCACAGCCUACACCAACAAUGAGCUGAUCAGGAUUGUGAUGGUGGGGAAGACUGGAGCUGGGAAGAGCGCCACAGGAAACACCAUUCUGGGACAAAAGUGCUUUAAAUCUGAGUUUGACGCUGAAUCUUUGACACAACACUGUGAAAAGUUCUUUAGUGAGGUACAUGGACAAAAGGUUGCUGUUAUUGACACUCCAGGCCUGUUUGACAUCAGGAACACUGAAGAGAAAACAGUUAAAGAUAUUGCCCAGAGCAUUGCUCAUGCUUCUCCUGGACCUCAUAUCUUCCUGAUCAUCCUCAGACUGCAGAUACACAUAGGAAGAAACCUAUCAAGGAUUUCUUUCCACAUGCUCAAUAAUGAGGUGGAGGAUUGUUAUCAGGUCAGUGAGCUGCUGGAGAAGAUCAGAAGUGAAUGGAGGAAGCUACUACACCACCGAAAUGUUCCCAAAGCCAGAGAGAGAGAAAUUGAAGAGGAGAACUAA